AUGGAAAUGAUUAGGAGGAUAAUUUCGUCGGGUUCAGUUGCGUCCGGGUUUUCUUCAAGAAGACAAAACAACGACAACAAGCUUGAGGAAAGCCCUCCUGACUACAAAGACCCUGAUAAAGUUGCAAGUGGGAUUUCAUUUCGUGUGAGAUAUUUUGGCAGCACAUUAGUUGAAGAAUUGACUGAGGAGGGGGCCAGCUACGGAGAUUCCAUAACGACCAAAGCUAUCACUGCCAUCAUUACAUUUGCAUUUGCCUCAGGACACAAAAUAAAAAAAGUGGAAUUGAAGGUAUCAGUGAAAGGAAUCAUGGUGACUGAUGCACAAACACAUAGAUGCAUUUCUAAUCUAGACAUUCACAGGCUAGCCACUUUGAAAAUGAUCUUAAUUAUUUCAUACGGUCUUAACCGUUUCAAUGAAGAGACUUUUAAACAAUCGCAGACGAUUACACUAACAAUAGCCUCAUCAUUUAAACUCGCACAAGAAAUGCAAAAUAAUGAACAUGAAAAACCUUCCGAUAGCACCACCUCAGACAACAUCAACAAUAUCGCCAAAAACACCAUCAUCAAUGGCAUCAUCAACUCAGAACAGCAGCAAUAA